AUGCAAAUUUAUGAAGGGGUUGAAUUUGCGAAACCUUCAAUUGAUGCAAAUCCGAGGAGCUUCAGCCCUAAUACUCCGGCCAAUAGUCCUUCAGAGAAUCCAGGACUAAUCUCAAUGGGAACGGUGGUUACUUUUCAUGGUAAAAACCAGAACUGUAAACAGAUGAGAGUUCGUUCAUCAAGUGGCUCAAACGGCACAAAGAAUUUCAUGUCACCGACGAUUUCAGCUGCUUCCAAGGUCACUGCGUCUCCAAGAAAGAAAAUCUUGGUGGAGAGGAACGAGCCAGUUCGAGCUUCAUCGGUCUCAUUCUCCGAUUUGAAAAGUUCGUCUUUGAAUCCAACAGUGGAGGAUCCACAGCACAUGACUCCGACAACCCAAAAAGACAUUGACUCAGAGGAGCUCUUGUGUUCCAAAAACGAACCAGAGGAGGAACCUGUUUGUGUAAAGGCCUCUGAAGAACCUGACUCGGUUAAUCUUGAUCCGAGUUUCAAGAUUAGUCCUCCACCUUGUUGUCCGAAGUCCAGUCCGGUCAUAGCACCCCUUGAUGAUGAUCCCGCUGCUCAUCCAUAUGAUCCUAAAACCAAUUAUCUUUCUCCGAGGCCUCAGUUCCUUCAUUAUAGACCCAACCCAAGAAUUGAAUAUUAUCUGAGAAAGGAAAGAGAGGGCAAGAGACUUGAGGAUAACUUCAUCUCUGGAAGCUCUUCGGACACUGAUACUACUGAGGAAACUCAGUCUGAAUAUUCUCAGAAGGAAUUGGAAGAUGUUACUUCUGAUGCAGUGGUAAAAGAGGAACAGCAGCUACCAGAAGAAAAUGAAGAAGAGGAAGAAGAGGAAAAGCAGGGGGUCAAUGUGUCUGAACCAUGCGACAUUAGCAUUACCAACACUUUUAUGUCAAAGGAGGAGGGUGCUGAAGUAAAAUGGUCCUCCAAGACAGGCUUCUUUUGGAAAUCAAAGUUCACUGCUUUGCUUCUAUAUCUUGAUGGGUUAGCUAGAAAUUUUCGGGUUUGGUCUGCUAAUUCUGUCUCUUUCAUUUCUGAGUUGAUUUUGCAUCUUAGAGGUGCACACGAUUUGGCCCCCUUGCAGUAUUGUAAUUUGACUGCUUUAAUGGAGGAUGUACGGGUUGAUGGAUACUCUGUGUUUGAUCAGAGUGACAAAGGAAUGGAAAGGAAGUAUGAGUUUGAUGUAGUUGACAUUGAAGCCUUGGGAGAGAAGGGUCAGACAGAGAUUGGUGCAGCUGAAAACACUGUAGAAGUAUAUGCUGAUCCAGAAUAUGAUGAACAAGUUAAUGAAGAGGCUGAAACACCUGUUGAAAUCCAAGUUGUGGAAGAAAAGGGUCAGCCAGAGAUUGGAGCAGUUGAGAGCACUGUAGAAGUAGUACGUGUUGAUCCAGAACAUGAAGAACAAGUUGACCAAGAGGCUGAAGCAGCUGUUAACAUUGAAGAGGUUUCAGAAGGAAACAAUAAUUUUAUUUCUGAGGAAGUAGUACUUCAGGCUGCACAUGCUGAUUUAGUUGAACUAGAAAGUUCAAAAGUUGAGCAGAGUCAAGAAGAAAAUGUUGGUGCUGAUCACAUAGACAGCGAGCCAGAAAGUAAUGUAAGCAUGAGGGAGGAGAUAGUAUUGAUUUCACUAGCAGAAAAAGUUAACACUGUAGUUUCUGGAAUCCAGGAGAGUGAAAGCGAAAUAAGUACUGGUGUUGAAGUGGAGUCUUUCAAGGAUCACAGUCCUAUAAGCUCAAAAGUGGAUGCUUCAUGUGAGAAUGUUCAAACUUCAGAAGAAGUGGAUCUUACAGUUGAUGAGACUGAAUUUAAGUUGGUUUCAGCAUUAAUCGGAUCUACAGCCUUCAUUUAUGGAAAGAAAAGGAAGAGCACAGCCUCAAAUCCUGCUAUCUCUGUGGUUCAACCGUCGCUGACUAAGAAACUGGAUGCAAGUCCUACUGUGCCAUUUAGCACUGAGCACACUUUCCAGGAAAGACCCUCUUCUUGGAACUGGAUCGGAGAGCCAUGUCCUUCUGAAAUGAGCAACAUCCAAAAGAGCUCAUCGUAUCGCAUGAAAGGACUGAAGGCAUUCGAUAAAGCUGAAAGCCAGGAGAUGCCCAGGAAGAACCAUCGGAGAGAGUCCCUGACUUCAAUUGAUUCCUCCAUGGGUUCACCAUCUUAUGGAAGUUUUACAACAUAUGAGAAAAUUCCGAUCAAGCAUGGAGAAGAAGAAAUUGUUACUCCUGUUAGGCGCUCGAGCAGAAUCAGAAAACAAGUCACCUCUCCAUGAUGACUGAACAAGAUGUUUCUUCCAUUGCGCCAUUAUGCAAUGUAGUUAUGAAGGAACCAUUAGUUUAGUUUGACUAGAUUUGUUAUUUUAGGGUGUUUAUUGUCUGCUAACGAACCAUGUUCAGUAGUUGAAUGACUUUGUAAUCUUCUACCAUUUUCUAGUGGUUCUAUUAAUGAUAGCUUUGUUUCUGC